UCACAAAUGGCAGCUUCAAUGAAACUUGUGCACUUGUUUGGUGGUGUUCUUGUUGUUCUUGUGAUAAUAACUGGGCUGAGUGAAGUAAAUGGAGCUGGUGAAUGUGGUAAAGCGAAUCCUGAUAUGGAAGCGUUCAAGCUUGCACCUUGUGCAUCUGCUGCACAAGAUGUGAACGCUUUUGUCUCUGGGCGCUGCUGCGCCCAGGUCAAGAAACUAGGGAGAAACCCGAAAUGUCUGUGUGCCGUGAUGCUGUCUAAUACAGCCAAGAGUUCCGGGAUUAAGCCAGAGAUUGCCAUGACCAUUCCUAAGCGAUGCAAUAUCGCUGAUCGGCCUGUUGGUUAUCAAUGUGGAGCUUAUACAUUGCCUUGAAAGAUUGAAGGGUGCUGGGUUUCCAUUGGAAUGAUGUAUGUAUGAAUGUUGUAUGGGUGAGUUUGAAAUUGUGCUUUGAAUAAAUCCCAUUUUCUUGGUUCUUGAUGAUA